AGUGUGCUGAACAUUAUCUAGUUUGCUCUCCUCAGGUAACGCUGUCUUCUGCGAAGCUGCGGAGUUUAAUUUAUCGGAAUUAAUAUUAACGUGCAUUUAAUAUACAUUUAAUUGUAAAAUGCUAGAAAUUGCCCAAUUAGCUUGGAAUUAAAAUUAAACUGGUCACGAUGCGCUCGCUGCGGAUUCUCCGCUGCCGCAAGUGUUCGCCGCGGGUGCUGCUGCUGCUGCUGCUGGUGGUCGCCUUCAUCGUCUACUGUUACUACUACACCCUCUCUCCGAUACAUCCCAAACCAAGCCCAGUCAUCGCUGAGCCCGAGCCGGAGUUGAAGUCGCGAGGAGCCCGGGACCAACGAUAUCUGGACAAUGGCGAGCAAUGUACCGUGAUCCGGGAGAACCCUGUGGACAUCGACACCACCGUCAUCUUCCCCGCCUUCGACUUCCAGCCGAGUUGGUUACGAAGUAAGGAGUUUUGGGACAAAUCCUUUGAAGAUCGCUACGAGAAAAUGAAGAACGACUCCCGCCGUCCGAGACUCAAGGUGAUCGUGGUGCCGCACUCCCACAACGACCCCGGCUGGCUGAAAACCUUCGAGCAAUACUUCGAGUGGAAGACCAAGAACAUCAUCAACAACAUGGUCACCAAGUUGCACCAGCUCCCCAACAUGACUUUCAUCUGGAGCGAGAUAUCGUUCCUUAACGAGUGGUGGGAACGGUCGCAUCCCGUUAAGCAGAAGGCGCUGAAGAAGUUAGUUAAAGAAGGUCGGCUGGAGAUAACGAGCGGCGGCUGGGUCAUGCCGGACGAGGCCUGCACACAUAUAUACGCACUCGUCGAUCAGUUCAUUGAAGGGCACCAGUGGGUGAAGACGAACCUGGGGACUGUUCCGCGGAUAGGAUGGUCCAUCGACCCGUUCGGUCACGGCCCCACGGUCCCUCACCUCCUGGAGCUGAGCGGGCUGGAGGGAGCUAUCAUACAACGGAUCCACUACGCCUGGAAGCAGUGGCUGGCGAGGAGGCAGAUAGAAGAGUUCCACUGGGCACCGGGCUGGAGCUCGCGCAGGCCUACGCUGGUGGUCCACAACCAGCCGUUCGACAUCUACUCCAUCAAGAGCACGUGCGGACCUCACCCCGCCGUCUGUCUCGGCUACGACUUCCGCAAAAUCCCCGGCGAGUACUCCGAGUACACGGCCAAGUACGAAGAGAUCACCGACCAGAACGUGCAGAGCAGAGCGCGCACGCUCCUCGAGGAGUACGAACGCGUCGGCUCCCUGACGCCUCACAACGUGGCGCUGGUGCCGCUGGGGGACGACUUCCGCUACGAGCACGCCUCGGAGUUUGACGCCCAGUACAACAACUACAUGAAGAUGUUCAACUACAUCAACGAUCGUAAAGACAUCUUCAACGCCGACGUCUCCUUCGGAACUCCCCUCGACUACUUCAACGCUAUGAAGGAAAGGCACGACAACAUCCCCGUCCUCAAAGGAGACUUCUUCGUCUACUCCGAUAUAUUCAGUGAAGGCAAACCGGCCUACUGGUCGGGCUACUUCACGACGCGUCCUUAUCUCAAAAUUUUGACGCGACAGUUCGAGCAUCAUUUACGAACGGCGGAGAUUCUGUUCACUCUCGUCUCGAACUACGUGUCGCAAUCUAAAAACAAGAAACUCAUUGCCUCCGAGAAACGACUGGAGAAGCAUUACGAGCAGUUGGUGACCGCGCGCAGGAACCUCGGCCUCUUCCAACACCACGACGCCAUCACCGGCACCUCCAAGUCCACGGUGAUGACCGACUACGGCACCAAGCUGCUCACCAGCCUCUACCACUGCAUCCGCCUUCAGGAGACGGCUCUCACCACUCUCAUGCUGCCCGACGAGUCUCUGCACUCCCAGAGCGUGCUACAGAGUCAGAUGGAGUGGGAGUCGUACGGCAAGCAGCCGCGUCAACUGCAAGUGUCGCACGUGGACAAGAAUCAGGUGAUUUUGUUCAACCCUCUGACCGAAGAGAGGACGGACGUCAUAUCGCUCAGGUCCAACACCACCAACAUACGGGUGUACGACACUCGCAGGAAGGAAUACGUCCAGUAUCAAAUUAUGCCCAAUAUAGAGAUCCGUGAAAACAAAAAGUUCGUCAUCAGCGACAUGAACUUCGACAUCCUGUUCGUGGCGACUCUCCCGGCGCUGACGGCGGUGACCUUCCGCCUGGAGGAUCACAGCAACAUCUCCCAGCACGCGGUGGUGUUCUGCAACAGCUGUGACCACCGCGCCACCUCGCAGCGACCCUCAAACUUCGCCUACAAGAAGAUGAUGCCCGGCGACAUCCAGCUCGAGAACUCAGUGCUGAAGCUGCUCAUCGACCGCAACUCCGGCCUCCUGAGGCAGCUCUACAGAAAAGACAUACGCAAGAGAAACGUAGUCGAGAUACAGUUCGGGGCCUAUCAAAGCGCGCAACGACAUUCUGGAGCUUACCUGUUCAUGCCUGACUAUGAUUCUCCCGAGAAAAACGUUUUGAACUCUUACACGAACGGUGAGAGCUUGCAGGACGACAACAUAGUCAUCAUCUCGGGGCCGGUCUCCACUGAAAUAACAACUUUUUACUUGCCCUUCUUAGUUCACACUUUGAGGAUUUACAACGUAGACGACCCCGCUCUGCUGCGUGCUGUGCAGAUUGAGAACAUCGUGGAUUUCGAAAGCCCGCCCAAGAACAGGGAGACCGAGCUGUUCAUGAGGUUCCAGACCAACAUACAGAACGGGGAAGUACCAGAGUUCUAUACGGAUCAGAACGGGUUCCAGUACCAAAAGAGAGUCAAGGUGGACAAGUUGGGCAUCGAGGCCAACUAUUACCCCAUCACAACAAUGGCUUGGCUGCAGGACGAGGAGAGCCGUCUGACGGUGGUGACCGACCACGCGCAGGGAGCUUCCGGCUUCGAGCCCGGGCGGCUCGAGCUGAUGAUGGACCGCCGCACCUUGUACGACGACCAUCGCGGCAUAGGAGAAGGCGUCGUCGACAACAAGCCCACCGUGUUCAGGAACUGGCUGCUGGUGGAGCCGACAACCUCAACCCCCCCCGACUCGAGCGAUCGCGCCAACACUGCACGCGACAAGCGAGACGCUCACGUGUCCGGCGUCCUCAGCGAGCGUCACUUCCGGCCGGGGCAGGUGGGCAACGAGUACGAGCUGCCGUCGCUCGCCGCCGGGAAACUCAGUCGUCACCUCAACUACCCGGUGAACGUGUACCUGGUGGACUCCAGCGAGGUGGAGGGCGGCGAUGUGGUCACCCGACACGAGCACGUGUUCGUCCAGGAUUUCCCUCGAGACAUCCACCUCCUCACCCUGCGCACCUUGUCGGACCCUGCCCUCGACCAGCUGCCGACCGACACCGCGCUCCUGGUGCUGCACCGCCCGGCCCACAGCUGCUCGGUGGGGGAGCGCCCCCCCUACUCCUCCCCCUCCACCGGCGACACGCCCACUUCCCGCUCCCCCCCAGCGAGCGCACGCUUCACCCGCGCCACGCGCUUCCCUCCCCUGCGCGUGUCUAACGUGACGUCUGUGAGCCUGACGGGUGUGGUGGAGCGCCGCGUGCUGACAGGCCUGCAAGACCUGCACGUGGAGCCGCUCGAGAUCAAAACAUAUAAGAUACGCUUCUAAAGACUGUUAGUAUAAACGCAACUCGCUCGCACCUCUCAGUCGGACGGGCGGGGUUCGCGUUCUUUAGUCGAAUUUAAUAUUUGAUAUGAGGCCCCUCGUGCCCGUAACGGCCGCCAUGUUUGUAAGCGACAUGUCCAUACUUUAUAGUAUUUUGUUUGUUAGAAUACUUCGGAGGCGACGGCGCCUCGUUAUCAUCGAGGUGUCACAGCGAACUACCUCAGGACCAAAACAUAUUUUUUUUCCUACUACAGAUGUUAUAUUCAAUUUUAAUCGUAUAUUUUAUAGAGUUGUCUUUGCUGUGCCGUUUAUUAUAUUUAUUGUAUGAACAGUAACCGACUCGACUUAUAUCAGUCGUGCGACGCCUCACGAGAUCUCACUUAGUCUGUACGUGCUGUUCACUGCGUAUCGUCAUAAUAAUGUUUUGAAUCACUUUACAGUGUACAGCGAGCCAGUGGCCGCUGUACAGUUAGUUAUUAUUAUUUAUAUGCUAAGGGAGGCGUGUGUCGCGUCUCCCGGUUUACCAAAUGUUGUAUAUGUUGUUGUGUUUAGUCGUUACCGGCGGGACUCGUAGUCCGCACGAGGUUGUGGUAGUCGUUAUAGUUUUCUCUACGUAGACUUAAACCUCUCUCCAGCCACUGUCAGUGUCGUGUAUCAAUUAUUAUAGUGUAUUGUAAGGAUGCGCUUCACCGCCGGCGCUGUUAUUGCGGCGAGGCCGGUGAGGCCGGCGAGGCCGGUCCGGUCAGUCGCAUCGCGUGGCGCGGCUAUGAGCUGGGCUCGUGAUAGAUCACUUAUACAUGAAUUAUUAUACACUCAACAUUUAUAUUUGUUUGAAGAUUCACUCCGUACCGUGAUGUUAAGUGUCCUCUCCUACACACCGCGUUACAUGCGAUGACGCUUUAUUUAUUUGUAUAUAAUUUCAAGUGUAAAUAUAUUUUGUUAGCUGUAAGUUGGUUUUCUUAUGUCAUUUACUCGUCGCGCGGGAAAGUAUUCAGUGUGUCAUCGGCGUGAGUUGUUAUUCUUACACACUAGUGGUCGUCUUAGUGAUACCUACGUAAAUAAUAUUAAUAAUAAUGCUAACAUGUAAUACCUAUCCCCACUCCUCAAACUGUAUUCAACAAUCUCAGUGUUAGAUGUAAGAUGUAACCUACAAUAGAUGGGACGAUCUAUAGUUCCGUGGUAACUGUUUGAUGUCUGUCUGUCUGUCUGUCUGUCCUUAAUGGUCGCCGUUAUGUGUCGCUCCGUGUGUAUCGUUUGGUGUAACCCCUUGUAACAUGUUGUCUAGUUAUUGUUUAUGUAACGGCCUUUUGUUUUUGUUUUUUCGUUUUACUCGUACUAUGUGACAUCUGAAUUGUUCCAACUUUAGUCGAAAUAAAAACAUGAAAUACAAAUUAAAA